AUGGCUGCCUCCUCUAGAGGCAUCGGCCUCAUGCGCCUCACCUCCAGAACCGCCCCCCUCGCGGCGCGACCCCUCCAACAACGCCUCUUCACAACCUGCAACCCCCUCCUCAAAUCCUCCAAACCCGCCCCGAAGAAGACGACCCUCCCACCGAAGAAACCAACAAAGACACCGUCCCUCCUCAAGUCCGCGCUCAACUCCACGAAACCGAAACCCGCCAUCAAGACAACAUCAACACCACCACCACCACCAACGACACCAACGACACCAAUCCCCCCCUCCCUGACAACCAACCCGGCCGCCAUCCCCGUGAUCCGGACCCUCCUCCACAACAAGACGCCGACGCUGCUCUACGAGUCCGGCUCGCACCUCUGGAUGAAGAUCUCGACCUGGGGCGCGGCCGCCAUGUUCUGGGGCUACGGCCUCGUCAACUACGGCAUCUUCCGCGACUUCGUCGCCGACCGCACCGAGCAGCUCGGCCCCUGGGUCUCGUACGCCUUCGUCGCCGCCUGCGUCGCCUGCACCGGCUUCGGCUCCUACUUCUUCCGCGCCUCCCACAACAUCGUCCGCAGCAUCCACGCCGUGCCCACCGCCCACCUCGCCCGCGCCGGCGCGCUGCCGCGGGGCGUCGACCCGAGGACCACGCCGCUGCUGCUCGAGAUCCGCGUGAAGAAGCUCCUCCCCGGCCCGGCCAAGAAGAUCUUCGUGCGGCCCGAGGAGGUGAGGAUCCCGUUCGCCGUGUACCAGCCGGCGAGCCCGUUCCGGAGCGCGGAGCAGAUCUCGAGCGCGGCGGAGAGGAAGAGGCGGGAGGAGUGGGAGUACGACAAGAAGCACAUGAUGACGGUGCCGAUACGGCACGCGGGGAGGGGGUUGAAGGAGGCCUGGUUCGGGGUGCAGAGGGCGCUGACGAAGAGCGGGUUCAUGAAGAUGGAGGCGGGCGGGGAGAAGUUGAAGCUGGAUGUCGCUUCGUGCUGGGCGCUGGACGAGGGGAGGGCUUUGGAUCGGCUGGUUGAUGUGAUGAAGAGGUGA